CUCUGCAAGCUGGGAAAGGGGCCUGGGCCCCGCACAGAGACAUGCUGGAACCGGACCCAGGGCAGCGGCCGAGGGGAGGGAGCACCGCCUGCGUGGGGCGGGGGGGACUCACAGCCCAAGGAGGAUGAGCUGCGACAUCUCCCCUCUCGGGUGGGGUUUUGUCACUGGAUGACCACUGUGGCCGUGGCCGUUCCCAGUGGGCUCACAGUCCGGUCCACACAGGUGGCAGCAGGUGGACGGGUCCUGGACGUGGAGGAACCAGUCCUGGCGACACUUUGCCCAGGAGGACGCCGCUGCCCCCAGGCGCCCCGUCUCAGCAUCCCUUUGAUGAUGCGUUGCUGCCUCCGCUCGGCUGCCAUAGCCAAACCUCAGCCGAGCCUAAACCACAGCUCCGGAGCUUCGAGAACCAGCGCAGGGUGUCGGCAGGGUUGGCUCCCCCCGAGGGCUGCCUGCCCCGCGUCCUCGCAGCCCAGCCGAGAGCGGGCGAGCUCGGGGUCUGUUCCCUGCUCGUAAGGCCACAGUCCUGCUGGCUCCAGUGGCACCUUUGUGACCUGUGUCACUUCAACAGCCUCCUGAAGGCCUGUCACCCAGAUACAGUCCCAGUGGGGGCGAAGGCUUCAGCCUGACGGGGGCCGUUCAGCCGCAGCCGUGGGUUCUACCUGGUCCUGAGGCGUUUGAAGCCAUUUAAGCAAGUCUGAUGUAUUUGGCGUGUGGUUUUAAUUGAACGCUUAGAAGCAGCUGAUUAAAGUUUAUGAUCAAUAUCUGAAUAUCUGGGACAUGUUAUUGGUUAAUUUUUUUUAGUUAGAAUUCAUUAAUUGUCGGAGUGUUUAAACAUUUAGGGAAAUAUGCUUGAUAGAGUCAUCGGAUUAGGGAAUUAGUCGACACACAGCGAGCAGCGAGAUUCAGGCCCCCGGGCAGAGCCCCUUGGGCAGGGGAGAGGCCCGACAGACAGACAGACAAGCAGACAGAGACCCCGCAGGAGGAUGGGCCUGGGCAGCGCUCCUGGGAGAGGGGACGUCCCGGCCACGGUGGGGACACUUCCCCAACUAAAGGAGACCGGCAAGCGUGACUUUCUUCAGCAUCGGGGUGGGAGGCAGAUCCCCACGGAGGAUCCCGGAGUGAGACUGAGCUCCCCCCAAAACCGACGCCCAGUGGCAGCAGACAAAUCACAGGGUUUGAUGGAAGGACGGUUAUGAGCUAGGAUUUCACGUUCCAGGAAGUUGCGUUUCAUGGGUUAAAGCAAAACGAACACCUGCCCGGUCCUGGGUGCUCAGGAAACGGGCCCCCCGUAAAGACCCGUCCUGUGGGCCAAACGGAGAGCCCACGGGGCUCCGGCUCCAGCGGCGGGGGGCGAGGUCGGUGCCAGCAGCGCCGUGUCUGGGUAUCUGCAGGCCCGUCCACCGAGCCGAGGGAGGCAUUCGUCCUCCCUCCGAACGUGAGCAGACCCGUGAUGCCGGCGCCUGUGAAAGCGUCCGCGUGGGCGCUUCAUCGAUUUGGCCGUGUGGUCUGUGGAACGUGUCAUCGGUGUGCACGGCGGGGCCCAGCCCCUCCCGCAGCAGUCUCGGGGGUGCCGGGAGGCCGCCGGCCCUGCUGCCCGCACCCGAGCCGCCUGCUCAUCAGGGCUCACUCUGCCCGCCGCUGUCACCCAACGCCACGCGGCACGAGGCUUCCUUCCGCUUGCUCUUGUGCUUCCUGCGUCAUCUGCCCAUCCCGCCCCCCCUCCACGCAGUGUGUCUGAUGGGUACCUGCGUCGCCCGUGUGAGAUUCUGUGGCCUCAACACAUCAAGAUGCAUUUUUCCAUCCCCUGGCCACACGCCCUUUGGACCUGUUCCAGCGUUUUGCUACAAAAAGCAACAACGUGCUCAGAUGGUCCCUGUGCGUUUUCUUGGGCUCCUGAGCAAACAUGUCUUUAGAAUUUAAUGAGAAGGGGAGCCAUGGGGUCAGGGCGUCUGCAAACACCCAGCUUUGCAAGACGAAGCCUCAUUAUUUUCCAAAGUGCCUGGAGCGAUGUGCGUGUCCACCAGCAAGCCGUAGACCCGCGACGGCCGCAGGCUUCGCAGGCAUUUCCUCGAGUCACUGGGAGUGAGCAUUCGAGAGACGCUUGUUGCACCUACUACCGGUUCGUCUAGGGGUCGUGGCUCUUGCGCUGGUGAGAUUGUAUCCGACGCCCUCUCUUUGCUGGUUUGCACACGGAAGCAUCUCCCCCCACUUGGCACUUUGCGUUUGCACCCUCUUUGUGCUACUUUUCGAUAAACAAAGUUCUCGAUGUCAACGUGCUUCCAUUUAUCCAUCUCUCCUUUCAUGGCCGGCGCUUUGGCGUCUGGUUUACGCAAAUCUUCCCGCCCCCGCGGGGUCGCCGAGAUAAUCCCCACCCUGUCUCCUGCAAGUGAUUUUUAUUUAUGGCGUGAGACAGAAAUCCAAUUUCAUUUUUUCCACAUGAACAACUAAUUGUCUCGGCAGCAUUUGUUAAAUGGGCUCCUCCUCCCACGCGGUCUCCCGCCGCCCGCGCCGUCAUCAAUCAGGGGUCCCUGAACCCGUCGCUCCGCUGCUGGGCUUUGUCCCGUUUCCUCGGUCACCGCGUCUGUCCCAGGAUGGAUGCCAAACGGUCCGAGUGUCUGAAGGGCACGCACGGCACAGGCGGGGCCCGGGGGGGGACCUGAGGGGGCUUCUCCGUGCCCGCAAUGACCUUGACGGUGGUUUCCUAAAAAGCGAGCCCUCCCGCCGCCUCCCGAUCCCUUAUGCAGGAGAGCGCAUUGCCGGCAGAGCCUCUUCAGGGCGAGGAAGCUCCCUCCAGCCCUGGUUCCCCAGGAGUUUUUAGAAGAUACAUUCGUACCGAAACCUAACACGCGGAGUAAAGACGCACACGUCCUAGGGCGCCGCCCAGUGCAUUCUCCGGUUUCCAACACUCAACACGAAACGCUUCCGAAACACCGGAAACCAUCACGCCCCCGCCCUCCGUGCGGUGGUCACCACCCUCCGCUGGAGAGGACCGGCCCGUUUCCGGAUUUGACGGAAACACAAUCCGACAGCGCGUGUCCUUGGGGGCCUGACGUCUUCCCCCCAGCGUCGCGUCUGUGGCACCGCCCACCACGUUGCCACACGCGGGUCCCUCUGCCCGGCUUUUUACUGCGGAGACGAGAGACUUUCACAGUAAACACCUGCAGGCAUCGCCUCCACCCUGCCAUCGACGCCUUACUCUGUUUGGUCUCAAACGUGUGUCAUUCCAUCAGCCGGCUUCGUGCUCGGGGCGUCCGGGGCCCAUGGCAGGUGUCGACACCCUUCUCCCCAGACGGCGCGGCCUCCCCCGUGGGAGCAGACGUCCCUCUGUGUCCACACUUGCCUUCUCCGUAAGUAAAGUUUACAAAUGAACCUACACCUCCGAAGAGACCAGGGCACACGCUUGUGGACCAAACCCCCUCAGGACUACAGAGCUCGGCCAUUGUUCCGGAAGCUUCUCUCCGUCCCUUCUAAGGCAGCCUCCACCUCCGCCCCGAGAGGCAGCAGCUCUCCCGGUCUCGCCCGCUUGGCUGGGGUACACCCGACACAUCACGCCGCACGAGCGCGAGGUGCACACGCGGCCAGGAAGCGGUUCCCGCCCAGCGCUCCACGCGACGGGCUGCGGGAGCUGCGGGAGCUCGCGGAGGUCAAGCCCGGCUGGGCCUGGGGACGGUCCGGAGUCGCCUCCGUCUUGAUGGCUCCCUGCCCGCCAGGCGUCCCGGAGCUGCGGUCUCGAGGACGGGCUCCUGCGUCCGGCUCCGCCAGGGAAGGGACGGCUUCCGCCUCCUGCACCGCCAGCACCCGGUCAGCCCACGUCGGACUCAGGAGCCCUGCUGAGUCAGGCAGAGGCCGGAUCCUUGCCCAGCAACCCACCAGGUCCCGAGCACCAGCUUCCACCCUGCUCGCUCAGAGCGUCUCUCAGGGUCCCUGUCACCUCCCGGCUGCAGCUCCGGCCCUGCUCCUGCCUCUGUCAUAUUUGGACUGGGAGUGGGUUUGCCCUGCAUGGGGGAGGGGGGGCGAGCACCCACCCCGGCCAGGCGGAGCGGCUUGGAAGAGUCGGCGUGUCUGGCAGGAGGGCAAGCCCCGCGGCCAUUGUUGAGGGGUGGGGUCACCCCUUCCCUGCAGGCCCUCACCUCGGAGCAGGCGUGUCUCCAGGCCCCCAGUGUGCUGGCAGGUGCACACAAGGCCCAGACAUGGCGUCGCUCCCUGAAAGCCCUGCUGUGGUUACUGAGGCCUUGGCAGCAAGAGGCACUGGAGCUAGACACCAAGUGGGACUUCCUGUGGGCUGCGGGUUGAGGGCCAGACUUUCUGCAGAUUUUCAACUGGUGCUGUGCACACGUGCCUGCAAACCACUGGCACUGAAUGUGAGGCCACACCAGGAUGGUGGGGGGGCAGGAACGCCACCUGCGGAGGGGACAGCAGGGCCGAGGGGCUGGUUCGGGGGCCCAGCAUUCCAAGCAGCCUGUCGUAUCUGGGUCUCAGCACGUUCUUUCUGGCUGGAGCUCCAUGCACGGGCGGCCCCUCCGACCCGCCCUUCGUCCUCUGGAGCUCACCUCACUCACAAGCAGAACCCACCCCCCACACUCACCCACGAGCUCCCGGGUCUGUGCAGAAACGCUGGGCACACACCAGCCACCCGUGCCCACCUCCCUGGGCUCCCUCCUGCCCUGUCCACACCGCCUCUCACAGCCACUGGACAUUCUCCAACCCAGCGCGGGCUGCCCACCUCUCCCACGGGUGUUGCCGAGCGCCCCCGCCCAGGGCGACGUCCGUUCCCCCAGGAAGACACCGCCUGUAACCCCAGCCCACCCCUAAAGCAGACGUUACCCCCCCACCACAUUGUCCCUAAAUCCCGGAGUAAAAACUCAGUACAAACAAGUAUUGGAAUACUUUUUCUUUGCAGAAUUUUUUUUUUAGUAGACAGUCUUUUUUUCUUUCUCGUUUUACAGCAAACAUUGCAAAUAUAGAAAUAUUUGUCUAUACAAUAGGACGACAACGGUGUACAGAGGGGCGGGUGGAGCACACACCCCCAGCCCGCGCCCCGUCCGGCCAUCCACACAGGCACAGCCCUCCCCCUCGAGUCCCGCAGGCCGCUCGGCUGCUCUGCCCCUCUUGGGGGGCCCCCCGAGGUGGCAGCGAAGAGACGGACAGAGUCCACAGGAAACCACGGACGGAGACGAUCAGGAGAGGAGGUCAGGUGGCCGCGGGGGCCGCGCUCCCCACGUCCGGUGUUUCACGGCUUAAGAGAACUUUACUUUUAUGAUAUUUUUUUAAAAAGGAAGAAAAUAAUGAGCGAAAGAGAAGAAAAGAAA